AAACACAAGCCUACUCAGCAACCAGGAAAAAGCAUGUUAUCCUGAUGUCUGUGAGCACCAGUCUGAGACGCGCGGAUGCUCCAGCAUGCCUCCAGAAGCAGAGAAAGAACAAAAGCACUGGAAUAGGUCUCCGCCUCUAGGCUCAGAGAAGCUGGGUCUUCCCACAGGAUCUCAAGUGUACUGUUAGCUGCAGAUACCUGCUCAGCUGGCUAAGCCUUUAACAUGGAAAGAAGGCUCAUAAAGAAGGAAAUGAAAAAGCUCUUGGGAGAUUAUAUUGGCAUCAGACUUCGGGAAAAUGAAUUUGACCCAAAAGGAAGAAGGCAACUCACCUCUCUAGAUGAUAUGGCACACUAUGACUUGGCCAUCAGUGUUGCUUUGCAAUGGCUGCAUCCCUCAGAAGACUUAACUUGGUUGGAGUGGGAGGAACUGAAAAUGCCAUUCCGUGGCAGACCCAUGUAUCCAAAUCGUAGAGAACGAGAAGCUAUGAUUUUAUCAUCUUAUGCUGGAAUCUUAAUGAACAGUAUCCCGAUUGAGGAAGUCUUUAGAAUUUAUGGGGCUGAUUCUUCUGCCAGUUCUGGUACCAUCAAGGUUCCCCAAGUUUCAUGUCUCCGCCUCUCCUUGCACCCCUUUGCCAUGUUAACAGCACCCAAAGCAGCAGAAUACGCCCGCAAACAGAGUGUCAAGUCAAGAAAGGGAACAACAAAUAAAAAUGCCACCAGCAGCUCUACAAAGGAAGCAAAUGCCACGGAAUGGAAAUCAUCACAAAGGUUUUCAGACACACAGCCAAAGAACAAAGUCACUUAGAAAAUUGGAAUUGUACCAUGGAACUUCAUAAUAGAUUCUCUGGGAGCAGAUGAGAAGCAUCAUCUUAAAACCACAGCUUUUGCCAGUACAUUUUUCUUUACAACUAGUUUUUGAUAUAACUGCAUUGAAGUGUUAUUUUUGAUGUUGAGCUUUCUUCUUUUAGAAGCAUAUUACAUGGCUACAUUUUGUUAAAAAAAAAAAAGUAUGAUCUUAUGCUACUUCAUUGUGACUGGCAGACUGCUGGAGAAUUCAGAGAGUAUAUAGUAUUUCUGUAUUAGAGCAAGCUGGCUUUGUAGCAUAUUUUACAAAUGUGUGGCAUUAAAUAUUGCACAGAGAUGGAGUGGGAGGCAGAUUUUCAAAGAGUUAAUCCAAAAUAAAAUUAAUCUGUCAUUGAUUGCCUUUACUGUGUUCUCAUAUGAAAAAACGUUUAAAACUCAUUUCAAUAAAGCAUUAAAAGAAAA